AUGGCUUACACAGAUGAUGCCGUCAAGGCAAAGCUUUCUGCUCUGAAUGAGACCCAGGAGAGUAUUGUCACUGUCGCUCAGUGGGUCAUGUUUCAUAGACGGCAUGCCGAUAAGACUGCGCAGAUCUGGCUACAGAAGAUUCGCGACUCUCAGCCCCUCAAGCGCCUCAACCUGGUUUACUUAGCCAACGAGGUCUCCCAACAAUCAAAGGCUCGAGGUAGAGAAGAGUUUCUCACUGCCUUUGCGCCAAUCGUCGCGGAGGCUACAGCAACCGCCUAUAAAGGCUCAUCAAACGAUAUCCAGCAGAAGCUACGCCGUGUCGUGGAGGUGUGGAGAGCACGAAAUGUAUUCGAGGGACCCAUUCUCGAUGCGGUGGAUGCUCGCGUGAACGAAAUCGACAAAACCCGCUCUACCACCAAGAAACAGCCCCUCGGAGGCUCACUCUUUAACAAGGAGCCUUCCACUGGGUCUGCUCCCUCCGAAAUCCAGCCGCUGGUUCCACUGCAAGUCGCCCUUAAUAAAGCUGCCAUCACCGCGACGACCUCUGCCGCAAAUGCCGAUUCCGAGUACAGCAAGAUGCAGGAUAACAAGGAGCCACAGCCUACUCCUCCGGUCCAUGCAGCGCGUCUGAGUCAGCUCCUCAAAUCUCUUGCCAAUGCCGAGAGUUCUGUUUCGGAGGUCAUCAAAUCCCGGCGUGCGUUGAUCGACGGGCUUGAGAAACUUCUUGCAAACAACCGGUCUGAACUGGCGAAAGAAGAGGCUUUGGUGGCACAGCUCUCGGAGAGGAAGACCCAGACAGAUUCGAAAAAGCGUGAAGUCGAGGAUGCGAUAAUGCAAAACAUGUCCGACGAUACCGGUCCUCAUUACUUUGAAGGAGAGGUCCCUCGUCCCGAAGCCGAAGCUCUGACCCCUCCCCCUGUUGAAGAGUUAACGCCUGUCGGAUCACCCCAGCCCGAGCAACAGCAGGCUAGCCAUGGCCCUUUCACCGAGGAGCCGCAAAUGGAGCUCUCCGAUGGACUGGUCAUCCCUGAUAUGGAAUCAGGUAGUGGAAUUUCACUUGACCCGGCGGAACUCUCUCCAGGGGGCAAUGAUUUCGAUCUAAGUGCAAACGGGGCGGGGGCAAAGCGGCGCAAAGUGACCCAUGGGGAGGAGGAUUACGCUCAGUUUGCGGGUGGGGAGCUCGAUGACGAUGUUGCUGCCCUGAUUGCACAGCAAGGGAAGUAA